GAGGCACAGGCAGAAGAGAGAGCAGUAAAUUACGUCUCAGAGUCGACAUUUCACUACGCUCUCCCGAAACCCCCCCCCCCCCCCCCCUCAAAGGACAUUUCAUUGCCACAGAUUUUCGGCGUCCCCGUUGAGGCUGUCGGCUGUGUGCAGCGAAGCGCGCGCGCGCGCACACACACACACACACACACACACACACACACACACACACACACACACACACACACACACACACACACACUUACAAGAUGGUGGACUCCACACUGGCCCAAGUGGGCAAGAAUCUGAGUGAAGCCAUGAUGAUCCUUGGAGAUGGACAGAGGGAGAUGGAGAUGGGAACAGAAAGGCGGCGUUUCAGCAGAACUAGCAUCCCUGGACCUCUGCAGGGAGAUGGUCAGGAUGUUGCCACUAUACUGCACUUAGUUCACAACCUCAUUCACGAAGAGGAAGAGAAAGAGGACAAGCCCAGCCAACAGAUGCAGAAUGUGGGUGAACAGGCUCACAUGGCGCUGCUAGGUCACAGUCUGGCAGCCUAUAUCUCAGUGUUGGACAGAGAACGAUUGCGGAAGCUGACCACUCGGAUCCUGUCUGACACAACACUGUGGCUCUGCAGACUGUUCAGGUAUGAGAACGGUUCAGCCUGCUUCCACGAGGAUGACAGGGCUGGCCUUGUUAGAGUGUGUCGGCUGGUCAUCAAUGUCCGCUAUGAAGAAUUUGCCACUGAGGGCUAUGCAGUUCUCAGCUCCAAACAGCCCGUCAUCUACCAGAGCUCCUCCUGCAGGCCUGGUCUGGGACAGCACCUGUGUAGCCAGCUCGGCCUGCCUCUCUCCAGUUUGUGCACAGUCCCAUGCAACACCAUAUUUGGAUCCCAGCACCAAAUGGAUGUUGCCCUGUUGGACAAACUCAUCAAAGAGGACAUAGAAGCUGGGAAGCUUCCUUUGCUGUUGAUUGCCAACGCAGGUACCCCUGGGGCAGGGCAUACAGACAAGCUUGGCCGUCUGAAGGAACUGUGUGAUCAAUACAACAUGUGGCUUCAUGUGGAGGGGGUCAACUUGGCAACCCUGGCCCUGGGUCAGGUCACCUCUGCUGUCAUGGCAGCCACCAGAAGUGAUAGUAUGACACUGACACCUGGUCAGUGGCUGGGACUGCCAGCUGUAACCGCUGUCACCCUCUACAGGCAUGAAGACCCAGCACUGUCUCUUGCAGCAGGUUUGACCUCCAGCCAGCCUGUGGAGAAGCUGCGAGCGCUGCCUCUCUGGCUCUCCCUGCAGCACCUCGGUCAUAAUGGAAUUGUCCAGAAGAUCAAACACGCCACCGCUCUGAGCCAGCAGCUCCUGCAGAAACUAAAAUCUAUGGCUUCUAUCAAAACAUCGGUGGAGGAUGAACUCAACUCUCCAGUGGUGCUGUUCAAGUUUUCCCAGGGAAUGAGUGCUGCAUCCAGUGGGGGUUCAGUGGAGGGUUACUGCGCUGGGGAGAAAGAGGUCCUUGAUACCUUCAACAGAUGGCUGGGAGAGCAGCUAGCCCAGUUAGUUCCCACCAGUGGAGUAGAUGUGGUGGAGCUCGAAGACGAGGGUACCUGUGUUCGCUUCAGCCCCCUACUGACUGCUGCAGUCCUGGGGACCCAGCCAGAGGAUGUUGAGGAGCUGGUGGAGAGGCUGUCCGAGCUUGUGCCUGUGAUGAGCUCCACUAUGUGCCUCAGACAGGAUUUCAGAGAGGAGAGCCACCGACACUCAGCCUCACUCAGAUACGUAGACGACAUCAGCUGGCCUGGCCUGGGAGUUGUCCGGUAUGAGCCACAGGCUGAGGGAAUGGAUGAGAGCAGGAGGAAGCAGGUUCUGGAAAAAAUUAACAAUGAGCUUCUAAGGAAACUACAGGACCUUGACACGGACAUCAUCUUCUCCACUGGUCCUGAGUUUGGAGCGGCGAAGUACACUAUCUUUGUGGGCAUGGUGACUGAGGACGUUGAUGUUUCAGAACUAGUGGAUACAAUCGCCGCCCUGGGGAGGGACAUAGAGGAGAGUGGAAGGCUGUUGGAGAACAUGACAGAGGUAGUGAGGAAAGGAAUCCUGGAGGCUGAGCUGCAGCUGCAAAAGGCCAAUGAGGAGAAACUCAUAGAAGAGGGGAUGCUGAGACAGAUUCCUCUGGUUGGCUCUGUUUUAAACUGGUUUUCUCCUGUUGAAAGCUCCAUAAAGGGAAGGACCUUUAACCUGGCUGCAGGUGCCCUAAACUCCACAGAGAUGACAUACUCCACUAAGGCUCAGGCAGGCAGGCCGUCCCUGCAAGACACUCCAACCCACUCAUCCAAGAGACUGUCAGGUCAGAGGUUAUUCCGGCGCUCAGGAGCAAACUUUGACUCCUUCAGUGAGACUAGCUCCAUUGGACAAGCGGAUGAGAUGACCAGGGAGGAGAGUACCACUGUGAGUAGUAGCAUCCAGCCUCCCACCUCUGCACUUGCACAGGAGGAGGACCUGAGCAGUGUGAGUGAAAUCCCACCGGAGAAGGUCCAGGAGUCGUCCGAUCAGAUCCACAACACACAGGUGGAGACAGAGGAAGCAUCAGAGGAGAGGCAGCACGAAGGCCGAGAGAUGGAGCAGAGUGGGAGAUAGGACAACCCUUGAAGUAGGUGUCCUCCAGCCGUCCUCUAAAUGGUAUCAGCCUAACAGAUGUUUGAUAAAAAGGCUUUAUUACUUUGUGAAUCUAACUCUUCCAUUUUUGAAGGAAAAACCUCUAAAUCUAUUGGGCUGUUUGUUUCUUUCAUAUGUUUCAGUUAAUGGAAAAAUCCACCCAUGGAAACAUUCUACUUAUGUAAUGAUAGUCUUCCUCUACUGGUGGUUGAUUAGUGGUGUCUCCCACAUUUUUCAGAAUGCCUUUUAAUUACUCCUAAAAAGGGACAUGGCCAAAUUGUUUUCAUUCAUAAAUGGCGGUUAUGGUUGCAUUUCGUAUUCUGGUGAUGCAUAGGUAAACUGCAGCUACCUCCUCUGUGGUCAGUCGCCCCUUGUGUGUUAGUUGCCUUUACAUUCAUAUCAUGGAUUGAGGGAAAUAUUCUGCUGUCCUUUGUAGGUGCACUAAAUUAUUUUGACAGUGUCAAAAUUAACUGAAACAUAUGACAUGGCCAAAUUGUUUUCAUUCAUAAAUGGCGGUUAUGGUUGCAUUUCGUAUUCUGGUGAUGCAUAGGUAAACUGCAGCUACCUCCUCUGUGGUCAGUCGCCCCUUGUGUGUUAGUUGCCUUUACAUUCAUAUCAUGGAUUGAGGGAAAUAUUCUGCUGUCCUUUGUAGGUGCACUAAAUUAUUUUGACAGUGUCACGACAUGACUCCGUCAUCUAUGAUUUACUAUGUUUUCAGGAUUACCUUUAACAAUAGAAUGGAACACAAGUGCUUUGUGUGGAUUUUUCCUUACCCUUACCCUAAACCUCGGAUAGUGUAGAGUUUAGAGGGACAUUCAGCUCUGCUUUGCGUUGAUCUUUGCACUUUUGGUCCUAUUGGAUUGUAGAGCAGAUGAGUGGCCAUAUUGCACACAGAUUUUUCUAAAUUUAAAGAGAAAUAUGAAAAGUUAAUAUUUCAUGAACAUAAAGUAGCCCAGAAUUAAAGCACUGAGUGUCGGUGCAAUUAAAAUGUUUAGAUUCCUCACUGUGAAUAGUUUACAUGCAAUUUAUCUAUCUAACUUGCCUAAUUACUCACUGAUAAUUUAUGAUUACAUACAUCUCUAUAGUAGGUAUAAAAUAUCUUUAUCUAUUAAAUUCAAAAUGACUACUAAUAUUCGCAGUCAGCUGUUUCCAAGCUUCAAACUGUCCCUUCAUGUGUACACUGGCCCACAACACUGAUGGAGUAUCAGAGUCACCGCUGGGGAGAGAAGAAAUAUAACAUUUUUAAAAAGUCCAAACACUGUGAAAAUGAAGUCACACACCACAUUGUAAACCAAAAUGUGAUUCUCCUUAUGAUUACACAACCAGUUUAUACUGUUUGUGUGAAUGUUUUGAUGUUUUGUCAGCAAUAGAACCGGAGUAAGAUGUGCCCCUCUGCCACAGAGAAAUGUUGCUCGGCAUGUAUUUACUUUAUGUGGAACUCUCUUUUUUUGGGCCAGAAAAACAUCAUACCAGACCUGUGUCAGAUUUCUUCCUGUUGAGAUAUUUUUGAGUGCCAUAUCAAAGGGCCAAAUGGGUGAUCACCUCGGUUGAUUGUGUUAGUCUUUGAAAUUCACCUGCCCCACACUGAUGUUUCCACUUUUUCUCUUGUCUGUUUCAUAUAAUUAAUCACAGGUAGCAACAGUGGCGUGUUUAGACCCCUAAAAUUAGUCCAAGCACCCCUAAAAAAAUUAUGUUGUUUUUUUUUGUUAGUUUUUUCGCAGGUCCGUCUUUGACAAGCUUAAAAAUUAUCGAAACCAUACACAAUAUCAUCUUAAAUUACGAACGAAUACAACAGACCAGGAAAAUCAGCUAAUAUGUUGCAAUAUCCCCAGGAAAUAAUCUGUUCAUAACUUUAUACGAAUUGCUACUUUCCUCAAAAUUCCUGAACUAGCAAGUUCAAUAUUUGUUAACUUUAAUUAAUUGUUAAUUUUAGUUAAUCAUUGUGUUCUGUUAUUAUGUUUAUGCAAAUAAGGAUAUUUUCAAAAGAGGCUAUACUUUCCCCCCUGUUUUGUAGUUGUAUGUGGGUGGGGGUCAGUGUCCAUACAACACAUGCAUAGGUUGUAAAUCUACAGCACACAAUUGUUUAUAAAGUUCUUUAAGAUCUAGCCUCAUAAAUUGCUAUAAAAGUUCACCAAAUUGAUGGAUUUAACUCUAAAAUGUACUCAUUUUUCUUCCGGGGGGGCAUGCCCCCGGACCCCCCUGAAGGCUCUGAAGUCCACCCCACAUAGUCUCUCAACAUCAUAUGGGAAACACUUCUAUAUGUUGAUAUUACAAGUAAGGGGUUACUGUCUGUAUGUGUAUAUGUCUUUUUUUAUAGGGAGAUUAUAGGGGAUUUUUGGAUCAUUGGGUGCUCAGCACCCCUAAAGCACUGAUCCUAGAAUCACCGCUGGGUAGCACAGGCUGAUUAUCAACAUGUUUUCUGCAUUUCAUUAAUGUUUCUUAAUGCCUGUAGAUUACUUUUUCAUGUGUCUAUUACUUAUUAUUUAAGACAAUUUUUGCAAUUUUUUUGGGGGUGAGAUCCUAAAGACCCCUGCACACUGUGGUUUUGGCCUGUCUCAGAUGAAAGUCAGUCAGAAGAGAAACUUGGUGGUAUUCAAUCCAAAUGGUGGUACAAGAUGUCACUGUGAGACACAUCCACUGGUUUGUAGAGAAGGGUCAGGCAGUUUCACUGUCUUAGUAGAAAGUUAAGAUAAAAUAAGAUAUUCCUUUAUUCGUCCCACAAUUGGGAACUGCCUCUAUGACCCUUCUCUACAAACCAGCCAAUCAGAAUACAGAAUGAAAUGAAAUUGAACUGCCUGUAGACAUGCUGUCAAUACUGAUUACUGAUAUUAUACUGUACAGUCUGACUAAGUGGACAUGGUUUAAUGAGGAAUGAAUACAGUGGGAAUGAAGAUUACAAAGAAUAGAUUUCAGCUUUAUUCCACUUGUUCUCUAGAUAAUUACUACUGUUCUUUAUUUAAUUUGUUUAUGGUGUAAAUGAAGGAGAAUAUCCUUAAUAAUUAUUUUGUCAUGUGAUCAUAAUGCAAAGCCAAAUCAAUAACUUCCUAACCUUACAAGAAGACAUUGAUGUUGAUAAAGAACUUUUGAUUUGAUAUGAAAUGUCCUGAAAUGCCCUGCUUCUGUCUGAAUGAUUGCAUUACAUAAUUUCCUACAGUUGAUUCUCAGAACAGAAACACGUCCACAUGUUUUCUGUAAAUUUUGUCUCUCAACAGAUUAAAUUCUUAAUUUUCUUGUCUUAAA